AUGGCUCAAAUUGUUCCAGAAUUCAAGCUUAUUCUCGUAGGUGACGGUGGUGUCGGUAAAACGACCUUUGUGAAGCGUCACUUGACGGGCGAGUUUGAGAAAAAGUACGUGGCGACGCUAGGCGUCGAGGUGCAUCCAUUGACAUUUCACACGAACUUUGGCCCUAUCCGCUUCAAUUGCUGGGAUACUGCUGGCCAGGAAAAGUUUGGGGGUCUACGAGAUGGCUACUACAUUCAGGGCCAAUGUGCGAUCAUCAUGUUUGACGUGACGUCGCGUAUUACGUACAAGAAUGUCCCGAACUGGCACCGAGAUUUGUUCCGUGUGUGUGAGAACAUCCCGAUUGUGUUGUGCGGGAACAAGGUCGAAGUCAAGGAUCGUAAGGUGAAGGCCAAGCAGAUCACGUUCCACCGCAAGAAAAAUUUGCAGUACUUUGACAUUUCAGCCAAGUCUAACUACCAGUUUGAGAAGCCUUUCCUGUGGUUGGCUCGUAAACUUGUUGGUGACAACAACUUGACUUUUGUUGAGGCGCCUGCUCUUCGCCCCCCUGAGGUUACGAUCACCCAAGAACAGAUUGCCCAGAUUGAGGCUGACGCUAGCUCUGCCGCCGCCGCGGUGCCCUUGCCGGAUGAGGACGAGGAUCUGUAA